UUGCUUGACCACUAAUCUUUGAUUUUAAAUCCAAAGAUAAACAAUUUUUCAAACCUUUUAUAAUGAAAAUAUUCAACAGGAGAUCCUCUAGCUAUAUGUGACUUUCGAUCAGAAUUGGAAUUCUCGAAAUGCAGAAAUAGAAAAAUAGCUAAAGCGAUUUUAUAAUUUUUCAUAGGCAAAAAUUGACCUAUUUCAACUAACUUUUUUUCCCUCAAAUCUGGUAAUAAUAUUCAAGAAUCUGAUUGCAUAGUUGGAUAGAGCAUACUCGAAUGCACAUAUUUCCAGAAAAUCAGCUUCUUACGGAAGUUUAAACUAUAACACAAAAAAAACGAACAGUUUGACUCGCACAGGUGUUUCUAUAAUUUUUCACAAGACUAUAUAUAUAUAUAUUAUUUUUUUAGUAUCUUGGUUUUAUGUUUCAAGCAAUACAUAUUUUUUCAACGGAUGAUACAUCACGUUCUCCAUCACUAACACGACGAAAACAAAUUCUUAUUCAUUCACUUUUACAAGUUGGUACUAUCAUUUGUUCAAUUAUUGCUUUUACGGCAAUCUAUUUAAGAAAGCAACAAGGAAACAAACCACAUUUUACUAGCUGGCAUGGUUUUAUUGGAUUUAUUGCUUUUAUUUGGUCAUUAGUACAAGCCUUAGGCGGUCUUUUUCUUACUAUUUUUCAACGAUAUAUUCGUUCAAUAGGAUUACCUUAUGCACAACUUCGCAUUUAUCACGCAACGUCAGGUGUACUUCUGUUUACCGUAUCUUGUUUCGUAUUAGUACUUGGACUAGCUUCAAAUUGGUUUAAAAAUAAAAUGCCAAAUAAUACAAUCAUAUAUUCUAUAAUUUUUUAUUUGCUUACUUCAAAUUCAAAUAGCUAUAUGAUGCAUCAUGAAAUUUAUUCAGAAGAAGAAGUCAAUGCUGUUAAAAUAACACAUAAAAAAAUUGAAUCAUGGCACGAUCGACUUGCUUAUGCAGCUGUACAUACAUUACGUUUCUUUUUUGAUACAUUUACUGGUUAUGUUCAUGAAUCUCCACGAUCAAAAACGAAUACUGAAAAACAAAAUCAUCGACCAAAAAAUCCUAUGACCGAAAAACAAUGGUUGAGGCGUAUUAUAUUUUUAGAAUCGAUUGCUGGUGUACCAGGUAUGGUUGCUGGCAUGAAUCGUCAUAUGAAAUCUCUUCGUACAAUGCAGCGUGACUAUGGAUGGAUUCAUACACUUUUAUCUGAAGCAGAAAAUGAACGUAUGCAUCUAUUAACAUUUUUAGAAUUACGAAAUCCUGGUUGGAUUUUUCGUACAUUUGUUCUAUUGGGUCAAGGUAUUUUUUUUAAUGGAUUUUUUUUGACUUAUCUUCUUUCACCAAAAAUUUGUCAUCGUUUUGUUGGCUUUCUUGAAGAAGAAGCUGUAAUUACAUAUACUCGUUGCAUUGAAGAACUUGAUGCUGGUAGAUUACCUAUAUGGUCCAAAACACCAGCACCACAAAUUGCUAAAAAAUAUUGGAAAUUAUCAGAUGAUGCUAUGAUGAGAGAUGUUUUAUUAGCUGUACGUGCUGAUGAAGCUACUCAUCGACAGGUCAAUCAUAAAUUAGCUGAUGUUGGAUCUGAUGCACCGAAUCCAUUUUUAUCUCGAACAAAAGGAGAACGAGAACCAUUUAAUAAAGAAGAACAAAAAGAAAUUGAUACAGCUGGUAAAAAAUAG